GCUCCUGCAGCAUCGGGGACGCGGUGCCCACUGGCGCUGCUUGGCAGCGCUGUCUGGAUGGCUCCAGGAAUCCCAGCAGGAGCUCAGGGACCGGCUCAGGCUCAGAACGACUUGGUUUGAGGAGCUGGUGAGGUGAGGAAAGCUGCUGCAGCAGGAACCCCUGAGCUGAUGAGUCUUAUUAUAGACCGGCGGGCGGAAGACGGGGCGCUGCAGCUCACCUCCAUGGUAAAGGUGGAGGAGAAGCAGGAGGCCACCCGGCAGCGACAGCGGGCCAGGCGCCACACCCCACCCGCUGCCUGACUCUGCGGAGGGCCGGCCUCUGCCUCCCGGGGGGCCAUGGACUGACAGGGAGCACACGCCAAGGGGUUCGUCUCUCCCCAGAGGUGCAGGGCCUUGGGAGCCGCGGCAGUCAGCAUGCUGGCCCCCGGAAGCGGCCCCGAGCAGAGGGCCAUGCAGUGGCGGCAGAUCUCCUGGAUCACCUGCUGGAUCACUCUGUAUGCCGUGGAGGCCCUCCCUGCCUGUCCUUUCUCCUGUAAAUGUGACAGCCGCAGCCUGGAGGUGGACUGCAGUGGCUUAGGCCUCACCAGUGUGCCGCCAGACUUGCCUGCUGCCACCCGAACUCUCUUGCUCUUGAACAAUAAGCUGACUGCCCUGCCAAGCUGGGCUUUCGCCAACCUGUCCAGCCUGCAGCGGUUGGACCUAUCCAACAACUUCCUGGACCAGCUGCCCAGCUCCAUUUUUGGGGAUCUGACAAAUCUGACAGAGCUACAGCUGCGCAAUAACAGCAUCAGGACCCUGGACAGGGACCUGCUGCAACACUCACCCCUGCUGCGCCACUUGGACCUGUCCAUCAACGGCCUAGCCCAGCUGCCCCCUGGCCUUUUCGAUGGACUUCCAGCUCUACGUUCCCUAUCACUUCGUUCUAACCGCCUGCAGAACCUGGACCGGCUGACAUUUGAACCCCUAGCAAGCUUGCAGCUGCUGCAGGUGGGGGACAAUCCCUGGGAGUGUGACUGUAACCUGCGUGAGUUCAAGCACUGGAUGGAGUGGUUCUCCUACCGAGGGGGCCGCCUGGACCAGCUUGCCUGCACCCUGCCCAAGGAGCUGAGGGGGAAGGACAUGCGCGUGGUCCCCAUGGAGAUGUUCAACUACUGCUCCCAGCUGGAGGAGGAGAAUAGCUCGGCUGGGCUGGAUAUUCCUGGGCCACCCUGCACCAAGGCCAGUCCAGAACCCGCUAAGCCCAAGCCCGGGGCCGAGCCCGAGCCAGAGCCCAGCACAGCCUGCCCCCAGAAGCAGCGGUACCGGCCGGUGAGCGUGCGGCGGGCCAUCGGCACCGUGAUCAUCGCGGGCGUGGUCUGCGGCAUUGUCUGCAUCAUGAUGGUGGUGGCCGCCGCCUACGGCUGCAUCUACGCUUCCCUCAUGGCCAAGUACCACCGGGAGCUCAAAAAGCGCCAGCCCCUGAUGGGGGACCCGGAGGGCGAGCAUGAAGAGCAGAAGCAGAUCUCCUCUGUAGCAUGAAAGCCCAGUCCCUCCUGGCCCAGGUAGGCAGGGCAGGGAGAGCACGGAAGGGGUGGCUUCCACAAGGCUGGCCCCGCCCUUCAUCCCAGCCCCGCAAUGCUACUUCCUCUGCAGCCCUCCAGCAAGCAGGCCACAGGGCAGCUGUCUCCAUGAACUUCCAAGUCUCCUCGGAAGCCUCCACUAUGCUGCUGCUGCUGCUCCUUUCUGGGUCAUCAAAUUUUUGGGACAUUUGGGGGAGCCCCCUAAGCCUCUGGUCAUGGGGAAGAAAGGGUGUGUAUGCAAGUGGAGGCUUCUGGACGCAGCAUCCCCCUGUUGGCCACCUGCUGUGGACGUUGUCGCAGCUGGGUGACCCUCCUUCCUCUUACUCACCCCUUCCUCAUCGGCAAUUAGGGGGUGGGGAGGGAGGAAGUGAUAUGGGGGCCAGGUGGCUAUUUCUGGGACUCUUCUAAGCCAGGAAGAAAUUCUUAAAUUCCUUUAGGGUGGAAGUUGGGUUCAGCUUUCAAUUGCUGGUACUAACGUGCAAUCACACCAACCCUGUCAUCUGGCCCCAGCCCUAACACCGCGCUGUGAGGAUAGAGCUCCGUGGCCGAGGCAUCCAGCCCCUGUAUCUGCUCUAGACCACCCAGCCACACUGCUCCUGGGCUCACUAAUUCACUCUCACAAGCUCAGAGCAUCACCAGCACCAUCUCAUUGAAAAAAGUCACACACACACACACACACACACACACACACAGUAUCACAUGGAGACAGAGGUCAUGGGAACUGGGAACUUGGGAGCAGAGUCAUGUCUCCCCUCGAAUCUCUAGCCCUCAGACCACAGAAACUUUUACUUGCUUACUGGAAUCUUCUCAAGUCAACAGGGGGGAGAAGCCCAAACUAAUACCACAAGGAUUCCUCUGAGAUCCUCUAAAGUGGGCCAAAGUGGUGCUGCAGGAUGAGACUGCCCGUCACCAUGGUAACCCUCUCACACCUAACCUGCUGGGUUUUCCAGGGACACGGGCCCAGUGGCCUUGAAGCUGCAGCAUGUGUGAAUGGCAGCCUCCCAGAGCCCAGCCACAUACCACUGGGCUGCCUAAAUAUGCCGUCACUGCCAGGCCCGUGGGGCACACACCCAUUCACUCCUGCAGCCUGCAGCCCGAGAGUCAUGCUCUGUACUCUCACCCCUCCAUCCUCAGCACCUCUGGGCCCAUGACCCCGGGGAGGGGACUGGCUCAUGCUCUGUGACUGGUGGCAUUCUGGGGAAGUGAGUCGCAGCGCAGAGUGUGGGGGCCCUCAUGGGAGCUCCCAGCCUGCCAGCAGACCCCAGCAGCCCCAUUCUGCUCAGAACUUUCAAUUGCACCUGGAUUGGGUCCGAACCUGAGCCUGGGCCAGAGGUCCCGUCUGUUCUUUAUCUGUAACCUACACCAAAGGGGCAGAAGUGUCUGCUGGCAGGGCUGUGGGGGUGGCAGGGGAGAAGAAAGUUGUGCAGGGCUUUAGGAAUCACUAGUCUCCUUUUCUAGGUCUGUCCCCCCUCGUGAGUCUGAUGUCCGGUGAGUACUAGGCCUCCCUCUGCUGGACACCGGCUUUCCCAUGGCUCUCAGAGGGCUGGUUUCCGGCUCGAAGAAAACCCAGAACAUUGAGAACAAGGGUUUGCAGAGGAACAGGGCAGGUCCCCCUCAUCGUGCACCCCUUAGCCCUUCCACCUCACAGAGAGGUGAACGGUGAGGAGGGCUGGAUGCAGGGGAGGCACGGAGGGAGCCCCCACAGGCUGCUUGUCAGGCUGCUAACACGCCCCCCACGCUGUCUUCUGCCCCAAGGCUGGGGCACAGUUUUCUUGGCUUGUGGGCUGAAGCCAGAUCUGGGGAUUUUCUAAAGGGAAAGGGGUAGGGGCGGGCCUUGUCCAUGGUGGCACCUUCAGCAGCCUGAGACAGAAGAUUUUUAAAGGCAAAAUUAUAUUUCUGGUUUGUUGUUUCAGAAGACCAAUAAAGACUGUAUU